CGGCGGGGGCGGUACCGCGAUAAGGCGGUGGCGGCUGCGGCCGUUCGGGGACCACUGGCAGCGGCGGCACCUCGCGCCCGCGCCUUCCUCGCGCCCGAGGUGUCCCCGGGAGACCGAACCCCGCCCCGCGGCCUGAGCCGGGGCCCGGCUGGAGAAGGGCUUGUGGGGCCCUCGCGAUCGCGAUCGACUUCCCCUUGCAGAACGCAGCGGGUGCCGCGUCUCCACCCAGGGCCUCCAUCACCUCCAAGAGCCAUGUUCCAGGCUGCUGGAGCAGCCCAGGCCACCCCCUCUCAUGAAGCCAAAGGCAGUGGUGGCGGCAGCUGUGUUCAGCGCUCCAAGUCCUUCAGCCUUCGGGCCCAGGUGAAGGAGACCUGUGCCUCCUGCCAAAAGACUGUGUACCCCAUGGAGCGGCUGGUGGCAGACAAGCUCAUUUUCCACAACUCUUGCUUCUGCUGCAAGCACUGUCACACCAAGCUGAGCUUGGGCAGCUACGCGGCGCUACAUGGGGAAUUUUACUGCAAACCCCACUUUCAGCAGCUGUUUAAGAGCAAGGGCAACUAUGACGAGGGCUUCGGCCGGAAGCAGCACAAGGAGCUGUGGGCCCACAAGGAGGUGGACCCCGGCACCAAGACAGCCUGAGGCCCUUCUGACCAUCCACCCCCUCCACAGAGGGGCAGGGCAGGGGGAAGGAUGGGAAAGAGAUUGGACUUGGGCUCUGGUGGGCGGGCAGGUUGGGAAGGGGAUGAGGCUGUCUUGCUCAGGCAGAGGGUUAUAGGGGCAGGGCUCUGCUCCAGGAUUCUUUCAUUCUCCCUCAGUGGGUGUGGGUGGGGGUUUGGGAACCAGGAAUGGGGUUUAGCUCACCACCCUGCUUCCAACCUAUCCCACCUCACCACAUGGUCCCGAGAGACCCCCAAGCCCAGCUUCCCUAUCUAGGUGCCUUUUCUCCAGCAAGGAGUCAGCAUGCCCCCCUCAGGGUCCCAAGCUCCCUCCCUGCCACCCAGGGCCCUGUGUGGCCCCUAUGUCUCCCCAUCUACCUCUUUCCUUAUUAGCUUGGUCCUGAGCCAUGGAGACUUGGAAGGAGGAGAGCCAGAGUGUCCCCUGCUGGGCCUCACAGAAUACCCCAGGAGUCUGGUGGGGAAGAAGGGGGAAGUGGAAGCAGCCCUGCCCCCUGAAAAGCAAGGCUGGGGCAUGCCCAGUGGGGCUUGGGACCAGCUCACAGCACCAGAGUCAAGAAGCGGAAGCUAAAGCACCCAGCCAGGCUGAAAGCCAGACCGGUUGGGGGCUGAGGGCGGCCAUGCUCCCCUCCUCUUUUCCCAUUUCUGCCGGUUCUGACUGUUGUGAUCAACCCUGUUUUAAACAUGUUUCACCAGAUCCUGA